AUGCGCGCCCUCCUCAGCGCGUCAGAACACACCGUAUCCGUGCAGGAAAUACCCACCCCGCGCCCCGAGCCGGGCGAGAUCCUCGUUCGCGUCCUUGCAGCUGGGCUCAAUCCGACCGACUGGAAGAGCGCCUCAUUCCUCGCCGAGCCUGGCGUCAUCGUGGGCUGCGAGUUCGCUGGAGAGGUCGUUCAGGUCGCGGAAGGCGUCAAGGACGUGAAGACGGGCGACCGCGUCGCGGGCUUCGUGCACGGCGCGCAGUACAAGGACCGUGGCGCGUUCGCGGAGUACGUCAAGGCCGACGCCGAACUCGUUUGGCAUAUCCCUGAGGGAACGUCGUACGAGGAAGCCGCUACCGUCACUGUUGGAUUUUGCACCGCGGUUCAGGGGCUGUUCCACCCGAACAACCUCGGUCUGGUCGGCUAUCCAUCUACGGUCUCCGCGCAGCCCACGCCUUGGGUCCUCGUCUUCUCCGGCGCCACGACCGUCGGCAUAUUCGCAGUGCAGCUCCUUCACCUCGCCGGCUAUCGCGUCGUCGCCACCGCCUCGCCCGCGAACUUUGACCUGCUGACCUCGCUCGGCGCCGACGCCGUAUUCGACUACAACGACCCCGACGUGUCGCAGAAAAUCAAAGAGGCGACGGGUGGGACCCUCGCGCUCGCACUGGACGCGUACGGCACGGCCGAGACGCAGGAGAAGACGGUGCGGGCGUUCGGUUCCGGGCCCGGAAAGUUGGUCACCACGUUCUUGGUGGAUCCAAGCGUCCAGGCCUUGCGAGACGAUGUCGAGAUGAAGGGCACUAUGCUGUAUACCGCACUCGGCAAGGCGUUCACAAUGCCGACGGGCUGGGCGCUGCCCGCAAUCCCGGAGGACCGGGAGCAAAUGGUCGGCUGGAUGCCCAAGAUCACUGAACUGCUCGCAAACGGUAAAGUGAAGCCCUGUCAGAUUAAGCUGUGGCCGGGAGGUCUCGACGCGGUGAAGGACGGUUUCGAGUACAUGAAGAGUGGGAAGGUCAGCGCGGAGAAGAUUGUGUUCCAGAUUUAGGCAUGUACGACAUU